AUGCAUAUGAAUGUAGUACGACCCAUAGUGCUAUAUGCCUCGAAUACUACGUUGGAGUAUGGCCAUUUAAGAAGACGAGACUUAAAGUAUUCGAAAGAAGAGUCUCGAAGAAAAUCAAUGGUCUCUGCUUUGGUAACCACACGGGAAAACGGUGAAAACGGCAUAACCGUGAACUUGAAGAAUAAUAUUUUUCCAGAGGCUGGGCGUUUUAUUGGUGAUCAGGAGAACGAGAUUGAUGUGAACAGCACAGAUCGUGACGGAAGAUAG